AUGCCGAAACCCAAGAACAGCUUCUCCAGGUCGAAGAGGGGCAACGGCAACUUCCAAGCUGCUUCUCGCGGAGGUGGAGGUCGAAGAAGCGGUAAUGGCUAUGGUAACGGCAACGGUAACACCUCCUUUGUGCCGUUCGAGGGCACAGCUAAUGCCUUCACCUUACAGGAAGAAGCUCGCAAUACCGACCGCAAUGGUGCCGCCUUCUGGAAUACAGAUCAACGAUUGAGAGACAACCAGAUCAGCUUUGUCAGUGCGGGCAAGUUUGAGCCGACGAAGCUAGAUGUCAACGAAGCUGCCCUGGCACACUUGAAUCUCGCUUCCAUUCAGGUCCACAGUGAAGAAGAGGAGGCAGCCGAAGCUCAACAGGAGGAGGAAGAGGAGGACGAAGUCGAGGAGGAGGAUGAAGUCGAUGAAGAGGAGGUGGAGGCCAAAGUCGAGCAGUUUGAAAUCAUUGUAGAAGAAGAAGAAGAAGAAGAAGAAGAAGAAGAAGAAGCAGCCGAAUCUUCUUCUAUCAAGACACCAAAUGAGGCGGAAACUUCAAUUUUCGUUAUCGAUACCGCUGGCAGUGGCCCCGUACAUACCGGCAUGGCUUUUCCAAGAGUACGGUCUGCGUCACCCACGCCGUCUGACUCCAGCGAGGAGGUUAUUCUCUUCUGUGGCAGGGAUCAGCAAGGAAGAGCACUAUCUCGGGCUCCUCUGCCUUCAAAACUUCCCCAAGCUUCCGUGCCGCCUACGGAUUCCUUCGACGCCAAGAUUAAAGUGGUUGAGGACCGGAUAGAGUUUCUUAAAGAAGAACUGCAACACGACCAAACACCAUACUCUUCCGUACUUCAUCCAUCAGUCGAGAGUCCAAGGGCCGAUUUUGAAGCUAUUUUACCCCCAAAUCCUGUAAAGAAGACACACCGGGGUCACCGCAACAAAAAUGCGUUUAAGAAAUCAGAGGAAGACGAGAUCAUGGCUGAUUACAUUGCGAACAUGGAUGGGGAGGAUGUUGUAUUUCCAUCUUUCAGCCAGCGUGCUUUGGGCGGCGAGGACGGGGAGGUCUGGCAAGACACCGAAGCCUCUUCUGGAGAAGUUAUUGGAGAGUCAAGCAAGCCAUCUCAGGGUGGUUGGAACCGGUCAGAUAUUGAGGAUCUGGAUGACCUGAGUACGUCCGAUGGGGUCAUGGGCGAGGUACAGGACAUACUGUCUAAGAGAGAACGUGUUUCCGGAACGCAAUAUCUAGUUGUUUGGGAGCAUCAGUCAACAGAUGAUGCAAGAUGGGUUCCUAUGACGACGUUAACGAGUGUUACCGCGAUGAUGCACGUGGAGAAAUUCGAAGUAAAGGAGAAACUCGUGGCACAGUUUGAGGGCAGUGAGGAAGAGGACACCAGUGAUUCGGAUGAGAUGGAUCCUGCUAUCGACCGUGAUGACGAUGACGACCAAGACUUGAUCCAGAUGAAGAUUGACCAGAUGAGCGACGAGAAGAUUGCGCGAUUGCUGUCCAAGCAGGAGGAACUUGGCAUGGGCUCUGACGAAAUUCUGCUGCUGGAUGCUUAUGAGGAAGAUGCAUCCGAAGUCAAUGAUACUUCCUUUGCAAAGUCGGCCUACCGUGCUGCUAUUGCGGCUCGGCAGAUGAAACCUCUGCGUGGACCAUCGCGAGCUCGAGGUGAAUUCCCUUCUGCGACGCUGCUGGCUGAUGCAUACGAUGGCUUUGAUGUCAUGGAUUACGAUCGACCCAGCCUACAGAAGAGAUCCAAAGCUCGCAAGGGUAAGCUCGUCAUGGAAAAUUCGGACUCUGAGUUCGAGGCUGGGAUGCAGAAAGCAUGGUCGAAUGAUCGGCUCAAGAAAAAAGAGAAAAAGCAAGAGCGGGAGCAGCUGCGGGCUCAGGGUCUUCUGGGAAGCAAGGACGGCAAGGUGGACCUGAAGCAAAAGUACAAAGAAGGGAUGAGCAUCGAAGAUGUCAAGGAGCAAAUCAAGGGUUUCCUGCGGGGAGUCGACACGACAAUCGCAUUGCCUCCUAUGGACAAGGCAGACCGCAAGAUCGUCCACGAGCUCGCAAACUUCUUCAGUCUCAAGUCCAAAUCGGCUGGCGGCGGCAACAAACGCUUCCCAAUUCUGUACAAGACGACUAGAACUCGGAACUUCAAUACCGACAGUGGCGCGAUUGACGCCAUGUAUGCUAAACUAUCGCGCCGUUAUCUUCCGCGCAUGGAUGUCAGCGGCAAGAGGGCAGGUGGUGAAGGUGGUGGCUUCGGAAAGCGUAGCGGAGGCGGCUUCCACAACAAUGCUGCUGUCCAGUACCGCAAUGGCGACAUCGUGGGUGGAUCUGCUCCCGAGCUCGGUGCUGAGAACAGAGGUCGUGCGAUGCUCGAGAAGAUGGGCUGGACCAAGGGCACGGCUCUUGGUUCCGAAAACAACAAGGGUAUCUUGCAGCCGGUCUCCCAUGUUGUCAAGACGGGCAAGGCUGGUUUGGGCUGA